GAUUGGCCUCUGCGGGGACACGCCCCUUGAAAUCUCCAACCCAGGGUAAGCUGAUUCUCUGCGCUGGGAACGAGAUCGGAGUGUCACGGAAAACAUCCAAGAUGGCGGCCACGAAUCGAGGUUGACCGAACCCAGCUGAGAUAACACACGGCCCGGGCCGUUUUUUCCUUCCGUUCCUGCGGCCAGACAGCGGCGGUGAUGGAGCUGUACCAAGCCCACGAUCACUACAUCCUGCUGGAUGGCGAGCACAGCCUGUGGUGCAGUCGAUUCGAUGGCAAACUCACCGCUCGUACCGGAGAAGACCUGUGCAGGGCAUGGAACCCUGUAUGCCUCGGACUUGUCCACGGUGUGAUCGGCAAAGUACAGUUAUAUCCAGACUCGGAGUGGCACCUGCUAUUGGUGACCAAGAAGAUGUCUGUAGGUGUGUUACCAGGUGGACAUGAGGUGUACAAGAUCAGCCGCGUGGUCAUCCUGCCACUCUCACCUGUAGAGCCACCUGAGAUGGAACUAGAGUGGUGUAGAAAGCAUCACUUCGGCAUCUCCAACCUGGAGAAGAUUGCCGCGCCCCUCGACAGCCAGCAGAGGGCGCUGGCAAAGACAUGGAACUCUAUCAAGUCUGUCGCUGUACCAAAGAAAAAGAGAGAUAUCAAGGAGAAAGAGAAGCUUGAAAGAAGAGUCUUUGAGGAGUUGAACAAGAUGUUCAGUGACUCGGACUCCUUCUACUACAGUCCCACCGGAGACCUCACCAACUCUGUACAGAGACAACAUUCAAAACUGUAUGAUACCACCAGCCCCCUCUGGAGGAAGGUGGACCCUCGCUUCUUCUGGAAUACCCACAUGUUGAAUGACCUCAUCCAAUCAGAGGACCCGUUGUCGGACCGGUGGAUCGUGCCUGUCAUACAGGGUUAUGUACAGAUGGAGAGGUUCCAGGUGAUGCUGGGAGAGGAGGACAGGCCCAGUGAUGAGGGGAUGGAGAUGACCAGUGAAGGAAGGAACUUCACCAUAACACUCAUCUCCAGACGCAGCAGACACAGAGCAGGGACAAGGUACAAGAGGAGAGGUGUUGAUGAAACCGGGGCAUGUGCAAACUUUGUAGAGACUGAACAGAUUAUCCAGGUGCAAUCCCACGUGGUGUCCUUUGUACAGGUGAGAGGGUCGGUGCCCAUCUUCUGGAGCCAGCCAGGGAUCAGGUACCGACCCCCUCCCAGGAUUGACCGAGGUGAAGUAGAGACCCAAGCAGCCUUUGAGAAACACUUUGAAGAGCAAUUUGACACAUAUGGGAGUCAAGUUGUUGCAAACCUAGUUGAUCAGGUUGGGAGAGAGAAGGUUAUAGGAGAUGCAUUCCUCACGCACAUCCUCAACCUGGACAGUCCCAAACUCACCUACAUCACGUUUGACUUCCAUGAACACUGCCGGGGGAUGAAGUUUGAGAACGUGUGUGUGCUGGUGGACAGCAUCAAGGACCUCAUCCGGGCAAUGAGAUACAGCUGGGUUGACCCAGCAGGGGUGAUCUGUGAACAGCAGGGCGUGUUCAGGACCAACUGCAUGGACUGUCUGGACAGGACCAACGUGGUGCAGUCUGCCAUCGCUAGGACUGUCAUGGAGAUACAGUUGCGUAAGCUGGGACUGAUGAUGCCAGACCAGACACUGCCGUCACGAUGUCGGGUUGUUUACCAACAGAUGUGGGCCAACAACGGAGAUGCCAUCAGCAGGCAGUACGCAGGAACUGCAGCCAUGAAGGGUGACUUUACCCGGACAGGGGAGCGUAAGUUAGCAGGGGUCCUGAACGAUGGGUACAAGUCUGCCAACAGGUAUUACCUUAGCAGGUUUAAAGAUGCCUACCGCCAAGCAACUAUUGACAUGAUGCUGGGAAACGCGGUGAGUGAAGACCUGACCGUCCUGCAGUCGUCUGGCCGUGAGGAGGAGCUGCUGCUGGAGGAGAGGGAGGACCACGUGGCACAGCUGAUAGAACACUGCAAACAGCUGCUGCUGCCAGGUGCAGAGGGGUGCGCAGGCGGGUGGGCGCUCAUCGACUGUGACCCAGGGUCGCAGCUGUUGGAGGAAAGGUUGAGUCAGGCACUGGAAGAGGAAGCGAGGGCGGACUUGUCACGACUCUUACCUUCCACGCGAACCCUCAACACAAAUGACACGAAAGCCAAGUCACGGUCAUUAAACAAUCUAGCUUCAGACUUAGAGGUUGUGAAGGAAAACAAAGCAAAGGUCCAGCUGCCUGAACAAGAUGGGAGGAAAGUACAAACUGAGCCUGGCUCUUCAGCACUGACUCAAACAUCACUGUUGUCUACAAUAUCCCAGGACGCACUGUCAAGUUUAAGACCACCCGAGAGCUUGCAGAAACUUCAGGAUAUGAUCAAGCAACAGUUUUCUGAAGUUCCUUUGAGAUUACAGAAAUAUGUACAAACUGUAGGUCAGUCAGUCACAGAAGAGACUAGUCAGCAAGACAAGGAUAAGUCAGAAAGGAACGGUCAGGAAACCAAGGACGAUAUCCGUGGUGGUGUAGGUCAAGCUGAUGCAAUAGUUGCAGAAAAUAAUCAAAUGGUACAGAAUGUAGGGUGUGAGGAUGUUUUGAACUUGGGGUAUCAGACAGUCAACAAGUCUCUGAAGGAUUUGAUACCACAGAAUUUUCGCCAACAAGUCUCAAAGUUACCGGACAAGAUGCAGCAGCUCAUCAGCCAAUCACAGGAGACGUUGGGGGAAGUCAUGUUCGGAGGUGACCAAUCGGAGGACACCAGCAGUAAAGACUCUGCGGAGGAACAGGCAGAUGACCAAGGCAGCUUGCUGGGGCAGGUCAAGAGGCUGCUCCCCCUGUCAGGAGGAUCUGGUACUGCAGGAGAUGGAGACCUGUCACAGCCUGACAUGGACGUUAUCUUGCUUCUCACCCAGAGAGCCUACUACAUCGCAUACUAUGACGAAGAAGCUGAGAAGGUCACACACUACCAACGGGUCAACUUGGAGGAUCUAGAAAAGAUCGAGCUAGGUCCGGAGCCGUCUGUGUUUAAGUCCAGGUACUACUGCAUGCGUGUCCACCACCAGUACUGUGGGGAGGUGGGGUACUUCCACACGUUACGGUCUAUAGGCAGAGGGGAUGACCAAUCUAAAGGUUUGCUACAAGCCAUAGCCGAUGCCUUCCGUGCAGCUUGUGAAGCAGAAGGGCAUCAAAUCCAGGUUGCAGAAGGAAAGUUGGACAAGAGACAAACAAAACCUCACGAAGAAAUCAUCAGCAUCUCGGCUCAGACCCGCCUGAGCGCGUGGGCCCGCACCCGCUUUCCACGGGACCACUCGGCAGAUUCCAUAUCCACGGUCGCCACCGUCUCCCAGCCCACCACCAGGUCCUUCAUCCUCAGCAGCGUCCGCAACAAGAUAUCUUCCUUCAACCCCAUCCGCCGCGUGCGGGCGCACACCCACGCUCGCCGCGUCAGCCUGUCCAAGAAGUCCGGCGGCGGCAUCGUGUACUUCCAGAAGGGCGAGGAGUCGGCGGGACAGGCAGACGACGAGGGCGCCAACAUGAGCGUCCGGGUCACCCUGUCGGACAGCAGCUCGGAGACGGAGUCCUUCGACAACCUGAGCCUGGACGACUGUGAGGCCAUCCUCGCCAGCUGCGGCCAGAACAACAACAAACGGAAAAGCCUGCAGGAGCUGAUCGUGACGGAGGCCGACGACCUCGUGCUGGAGAGUUGUGGCAUCCUGGCCUCCAGCCCGCCCUCCAGCCACACACGGAUCCACAUCAUGGCCGGCAAGGGAGAGGAGGGUACACAGGGGGAGGACUACACAACCCCUCAAACAGCCUCAGACCUGGACACAGACAUAAGGACCAUGACCUCUGUGGCCAUUAAGGUCGUUGCACCCCAAGAGGAAGAAAACGGUGCACAGCAGCAGGAUGGCAACAAAGUGGAAGACGGCUUGCCGACACCCGAGUCACAGUCGUGUCAAAGUACCCCUCAAAAACAGCAACAACAGCCGGACGCUGGUGCUACGGACAGCAAGACCCCGGACAGGGAAGACAGCAAGAAAAACACCAUCCUGGAGUUCUUCAAGCCAGCGAGAAAGAUAUUUGAACUGUCUUUAUCAGUUGACUCAAAAUUCAGUUCUUCACCAACAGGAGCAGGAGCAGAAGAUGACAGAGUUGUGGAUGGAGAGAGUAAAGAAGAAGCCGAAGAACUGAGCCAGACUGGGGAGGAAGAGGAGAUACAAGGAGACAGGGGCUCAACAGAAGAGCAGAAUCUUGCCAUCACCGCAGUACCUCAGUCCGAGUCAACAAGCCCCCUGGCGACUGACAGUGAAACUCCAGGUAAACUCGGGGUAGAGGAGCCUGUUGCCGUGAACAGCAUUGCAGAGCCCAACGCUUCAGCAGAGAACACAGACUUCAUCAAACUGUCGCCCCUGACCAAGUUCCGUAGCCUCUUCUCCCCGUCGGACCGCGAUGCCAGCCCACGCAGGAACGGAGACAGACAGCAAAACAGACAAGUCGAGUCACUGGAGCUCAGGUUAAAAAUGAAGAACUGUAAAACACAAAUCAUCCAGUUAUAGUUAAACAUGUGACUUUCAUCAACUAUAGUCUGUACAACUUGUUUGCACAGUCUGCCUUCACAAAUUAGAAUACUUUGUCUGGUAACAAUCAAUUGUCUCUCACAAGAAAAUAAAACGGCAGGACUGCUGGUAGGCAUGCUAAUCAUGUAAAUCUAUAGCUUCUCAAGAUGUAAUACCAAACACAUGUUGGAGAAAGGCAUUGCAAUGGUAUUGCCUAAAAGAAUGUCUACAGUGUACAUUUGUACAUGACUAGUAGGGAUGGAAUUCUAGGUACACGUACUCCUUCUCUUGCACACAGCUGGUUUGUGUUUAAAGUGUGUAAUAGUAGUUGCACACCAGCUGAACACAUGUAGUACAAUGUAGGUUGUGGAGCACAUAUGUGGAAACUAGCCUCAUAUAAUGGUAGCACAGGAGAUAGGCCACCAACUUUCUGUUGAGAAUUCUGUUGCUUCGACAUCAGUACAUUGUGUACUUGGUUCACUGAAAGAGAGUUCCCAAGAAUCAUACACUAAAUGUGCUGUAUGCUCCACCUUUGUGCGAGCUGUCCUCACCUGCAGCUUCAUACUACCGAUAGGGCUGCGUACCGGUUCUGUGUACAAGUACAGUACCGCAAAAGUCAAUUAGGUACAGGUCCAAAAUACUGAAUCACUAAGUACCGGACA